CCUGUUUCUCUUCUCUUCUUCCUCUUCCUCCUCACGCUCUCUCUCUCUCUCUCUCUCUCUCUAUCUUAUUUCCUUUUCUCCUUUUCAUCGUGUAGGGACUCAACUUCUUCUGUUCCAUUAGCCAACCCCCGGGUCACGGCUUUCCAGCUUAUUUUCUUCCUCGUGUCUGUGGCGGAAUUUUCUGCUCUCCUUCCCCAAACACCCCCAGCGCUCUGUGACACCAUCUGUCGCGCGCGUUCUUUCCGCGUAGCCUGAAUUCGGCUCUUUCUUAUCAUCUCUAAUCUAUUUUUUUCAUCUUCGCUUUACGAUUUCCGUCACCAUGGCCACAGAAUACGACCACGAGAACGGCCGUUAUGAUGACGAGCCUCGUUUCGCUCGCGAUCGCAGCGCAUCUCCCCGGGAUGAGCCGCGUGCUGACCGUACCCGUAGCCGUUCCCCGAACGGUCGCGCUGAUGAACGCAGUGCUCCUCCUGAUUCUCGUAAGCCGCCUCUCGAUGAUGAUGAGGAAGGGGCCCUCAACACUGGCUCCAACCUCUUCGUUACUGGCAUUCACCCACGCUUGACUGAAUCGGAUAUCUCGCGACUCUUCGAGAAAUACGGCGAUGUUGAGAACUGUUCCAUCAUGCUUGAUCCUCACACCAAGGAGUCUCGUGGCUUUGGCUUCGUCAAGAUGGUCACUGCUGAGCAAGCAGAUGCUGCUAAGGAGGGUUUGCAGGGCGAGGUUAUCGAAGGCCGAACUCUGAGCAUCGAAAAGGCUCGCCGCAGCCGUCCCAGAACCCCAACCCCCGGCAAAUACUUUGGCCCCCCCAAGCGUGAAUUCCGUGGAGGACGCGGUGGCCGUGGUGACCGCUUCGAUGACCGUCGUGGCGCCUAUGGCGGAAGCUGGCGUCGUAACGACGACUACCGCUACGGGCGCUACGACUCUUACAGCGAUCGCCGUGAUUACGGCGGCCGUGAUUACCGCGGUGGUGACUACGGUGGCCGUCGUGAAUACCGUGAUGAUUACGCUGGUGGUGGUGGCGGUGGUGGUAGUGGUGGCAGCGGUGGUGCCGGAGGCAGCAGCGGUGGCUAUCGCAGUGGUGACCGGUAUGCAUCUGGCGGCCGUGAGGAACGUUACGGUCGCGAAGAACGCCGCGAGGAACGUCGUGGUGGUGAAGAGCGCCGUGGCUACUAUGACCGUGAUGCUAACCCUCCCAGUUACGGCCAUGGUGCUCCUUCGCGCGAGCCUUAUCCCGGCCGCUCUUACGACCCCCGUGAAGAUCGGUACGCCGGAAGGUAGGACACAAUGUGUCAGUCUACCGAUUAAGGGUCUGUAAUUUACCUACGUCUACCGACAUACACACCCCCCCGCGUCGUUCCCAGGCUUUGUCUCCUUUUCUUUUUACCCCUUCCCCCCCCC